AUGGCGUUGUUCUGUGAAAUAUUAGCCCUGGAGUGGAUGGACACCAAAUGUGUAUUUAUAUUCGUCUUGGUUUUCCUGCUCCUUGCUGAUUAUUUAAAGUACAGAGUCCCGGCUGAUUUUCCUCCGGGACCCUGGGCUAUCCCUUUCAUUGGGGACGUCCACCGAAUCAACCCCAGCCAAAUACAUCUGCAGUUUGACAAGUUUGCUGAGAAAUAUGGACCCGUUUUUAGUCUUCGAAUGAUGGGUGGAAGGGUCGUGGUUGUCAACGGAUACAAGCUUGUGAGGGAAGCCUUGGUCGAGAAAGGCGAAGACUAUGUGGAUCGCCCAAGUAUACCAUUGUUUGAAGAGGUCAUUGGAAAUAAAGGUCUGGUGUUGUCAAAUGGCUACCAAUGGAGGAAGCAGAGGAGGUUUGCCCUGCACACACUCAGAAACUUUGGACUGGGUAAAAUGAGUCUGGAACCGUCAAUCCAGCAGGAGUGCCAGUACCUGACUGAGGUCUUUGCUCAGCAGAAAGGAGCCCCUUUCGAUCCUAAAAUGGCACUGAACAAGGCAUCAUCCAAUAUCAUCUGCUGUUUGGUGUUUGGGAAACACUUUGAGUACACUGACAAGAAGCAUCAGACUAUGAUUGAGAACCUCAGUGAGGUGUUUUACCUUGAAGGACAAACAUGGGCACAGGUGUUCAACAUGGUUCCAUGGCUGAUGAGACAUAUCCCCGGACCUCACCAGAAGAUAUUUUCUCUGACGCGUUCAAUUAUGUCCUUUACUGAAGAGCAGAUCAAGGAGCACAGAGUGGAUCAUGACCCCUCAUCACCCAGAGACUAUAUCGACUGCUUUCUCACAGAAAUGGACAAGAAUGAAGAUUCCAUAUCCGGAUUUGAUAUAGAAAACCUGUGUGUUUGUACACUGGACCUAUUUGCUGCUGGGACUGAAACCACCACCACCACUUUGCACUGGGGACUGCUAUUCAUGUCCUACUACCCUGACAUACAAAAGAAGGUCCAGGCUGAACUAGAUACGGUAAUUGGCACAUCCAGGCAGCCCAGCUGGGCUGACAGAGAGAGCACUCCCUAUAUCAAUGCCGUCAUACAAGAGACUCAAAGGAUGGGAAACAUCUUACCUCUCAAUGUUGUCCGUAUGACUAACAGGGACACCCAACUUGGAAAGUACACCAUCCAAAAGGGUACCAUGGUGAUGGCCACCCUGAACUCUGUUCUUCAUGAUGAGUCUAUGUGGGAAACGCCCGACUCCUUCAACCCUCAACACUUCCUGGACAAGAACGGCCAGGCUAGAAAGAGAGAGGCCUUCCUGCCCUUUUCAGCUGGGAAGCGGGUGUGUCUUGGGGAACAGCUGGCCAGGAUGGAGCUGUAUCUUUUCCUCACCUCCCUCCUUCAGAGGUUUUCUUUCUCUGCCCCCCCUGGAGAAAAGCUCAGUCUGGACUACAUAUUAGGCACCACUCACUGUCCCAAGCCCUUUCGCCUUUGUGCCACAACACGUUGAUGACAAUAUCCAAAGCUGCCCCAUAAUUAUACCACUAGCAUAACAUCAUAGCCAAUAUGUUAUAAUCAAUUGCAUUUGGCCAUUCUGAGAUUAUAACACGAUGAGAGCCUGAGAGACUUUUACUAAUUGUGUUAUAAAAGUCUAAUGAUUAAAUGAUGAAUAUGUUUGCGUGCUAAUUUCCAUCAUUUUAACUGGCAUUGAUGAUAUGAUUACAUUUAUUUCAUUUGUUAUUUACAUUUUUGCAGUGUAACAUUAUGAAAAAGCCAAAUAAAGUAACAGAAUUGACUAGGAAGAUAAUUACAUUUCACCUGAGGUGUGAUUCUAGAAGUGUGUUAUCAUGUUGACCCCUUUUAGUAAAAUUACCUUCCUUUUAUCGAUUUUUUUUUUUCUCUCAGAAAGCCCAUCCCUUGAAUAAACAAACACAUCAUUUUAAAUUGGUGAUUGUUUGUUUCGAAUGAUGUAAAACAAUAAAGUAGAUACACAAAUCAUU